AUGCCGACGCGCGCGUCGGUCGAUACCCACCAUGCGCAGAAUCCGUCCCGUGUCACCCGCGGGAGGCUCGUCUUUUGCGUUCACCACCACGCGCGGGCAUUCAUCGACACGGACCGUCGCACAGCGUCCGCCGUCGACGUGCUCCCGCCUCCCUCACCCUCGCCGCGUCCAUCCCGCAACUGCGCGCAGCUUGCACGCCAUGCCGUGGGACAAGGCGCGUGGUGGUCUUCUGUGCAGCAAAUCUCCGCGGACGGAGAAUCAAGACCGCUGCCACCUCCCCCACCUACUGUUGCAGUACCAAGGGGAACGCCCCCGCAUGACCUCUACCUCGCAACGUCGCGCACGCGCGCACCUGUCUUGCCCACGUUCGUGCCGUGCACGGUCCUAGACGACAGCGCGGUCGCGGCGUGCGAGGAGCAGCUCAUGGACACAGGCCUCUGGGAGCACCUCGCCGUCGGGGACGUCGUCUGCAACUUCGGGUACGUCCCGCCCGUCCCGGAACACGGCAACGGCGACGUGGAGCCCAAGCAGGAGUGGCUCCUCUUUGACGGCUCGGGGCUCUCGCCAUACGCGCCGCCGCCCGCUCGAGGACCCGCUCUCGCCCCCCCUCGCCGUUCUACUACGCGCAUAUCCUCCUGCCCUGGUAGGACCCACACCAUGUCCUCUCCCUCCCCGCGCUCCCGCGCGGCAUGCGGCCCGACUCCCAUACGCACCCGCGCGUCGGCGGCCCGGGGCGCGCUGAGCCACGCGGAUGUGCAGCUCACGCUGACGUACGUGCCCACGCGCGUGCGCAGCCCGCACUCGCCGCAGGGCUACGCGGUCGUGCGCAAGUUCGUGUGGAUCGUGUGCCUGCAGUACCUGCUCGACGUCGACGUUUGCGUGCCUGACUUCGAGGCCCUGAAUGUCAUGAAACACCGGAAACUGGAUGAGGACGGCGCGGAAAGAGAUGAUCGCCAGACCGAGAUGAUCUCAGAGACCAACAGAAAGAGGCGCAAGCUCGAGCGGGAGAGACGGGCUCUGGAGCGCCCACAACCAGAACGUCGGAUGCUGGAACCACCUCAAGAGGUUUGUACGCCUGCUUCAUUGUGCAAGACCGUCAAGACCUAUCCGUUCGGUAUUGCGUCUUUCGAAACGAAUGCUAACAAUACCCUGCAGUGCCCUAUGAAGCUCGGUCACACCCUCGAACAACCAGGCGAACAUCUGCGCAAACGACCUCUGCGACAACGGCCGGCGAGGGCAUGA